AUGUACAUCAAUCUUCAUAUUGCAUCACGAGAAUAUGUAAAUACAUUCCGGUUUUCGAUCAUAUUAAAGAAAAGAUCAAUAUCAAUUUCAUUUGGUUCAGGUAUAUUGGAAUUCAAUCCUCAACUAGCUGGUCAAGACGUAACUCCAGCCAAUCUCGAGUUCGGCUCUGUGUCAUCUCGACGCCGGGAACGGCGAGAAAAAUCCGCUAGUGCUGCAUCAACAACACCAGGUCAUCAACAUCCAUUUUAUACCCAUCAUACUUCAUCAUUUACUGCAAUAAACGAUGAAACAGCACCAUCGACAAAUCAAACUCCAUCGAUUGAUCCAUAUCAAUCUAGUGUCGAGUAUCGAUUACAAGAAUUAACUAAACGUUUAUUGACACUUGAAACAAAACUAUCGGAAGAUGUAUCUACAGUUCUACUAAUCUUACGAAAUCAAUUCCAAUCAAAUAACUUAUAA